AUGGUUUCCUUUCUCUUCUUUUCUCUCCUCUUUUCCUUCCUCCACUUCACUUCGUCCCACCCUUCCAUCGGAAUCACCUACUCCGCCCCUUCCACCACCAACUCAACCGCCGUUCCUCCUCCACCGGACAAGAUUGCAUCCAUCAUCUCCGCCCUCAAGAUCACCAGCGUCCGACUCCCAGACCCAGGGCCGUCUCUCAUUGAAGCUUUUUCAUCCACCAACACUUCCCUUUUCCUCUCCAUCUCGAACCCUCUCAUCCCUACUCUCGCCUCCAACCGCUCCGUCGCACUCGGCUGGCUCCGUCUCCAUGUCCUCCCUUUCUACCCUCGUUCCAAAAUCACCCUCAUCUCCGUCGGCAACACAGUUCUCAAUUCCACACACGUAGAAGACUUCUCCCCUUUCAUUCUUCCGGCGAUGAGGAACCUCCACCGGGGACUUCGCGAUAACGGCAUCGGUAAAAUCCGAAUCUCCACCACUUUCGCUUUCUUCUCCACGAUCACCACCGCUUUCCCGCCUUCCUCCGCCGUGUUCAAACAAUCAGCCGGAGACCUCAUCAUAAAACCUAUACUCCAGUUCCUGGAACAAACGAAUUCCUCCUUUCUUAUCAACCUCUAUCCCUACAAUCUUUUUCACCUCAACACCGAAAUCCCAAUCGGAUUUGCUUUAUUCCAAGACAACCCUUUCAACUUCCGAGACGAUUUCGUCUCUGGGAUCAGGUAUUUCAACCUGUUCCCGAUGAUGGCGAACGCAGUGUUAACAGCCAUGAAAGCGAUGGGGUACGAGAACAUCCCGCUGGUCGUGGCGGAAACAGGGUGGCCGAGCAGCGGAAGUGAGGCUGAGGCAAAUGGGGUUUACGCAGAGAUGUACUUAAAGGGAUUGUUUAGGCAUUUGAAGUCGGGAGCUGCGACGCCAUUGAAGAAAAAUGGAUUGGCGGAGGUUUAUGUUUAUGAGUUAAUGGAUCAUCAUGGUGGGAGAAAUGAAAGAGGAGGCGAAUGGGGUAUAUUAUCAGAAAAUAUGAAAAUGAAAUACGAUGUGGAGUUCUCAGGUGGAGCUAAGAAUUGUGGGUUGGUGGCCAUUUGGUUUUCAAUUUGUCUGGUUAUCGCUUCCAUGGCAUUUUGCUGA